CAUGUUUCUUUUAUGCAUUUAUUACCGAUCAACAACGCAAAAAAUCUUAAAACAUUCGAGGUUAAAGGAGUGCGGACAUUUCGUUUAAAGACAAGUAAAAUCAUUGUGUUUCAAUGACUAUCUAAGUUUCCAGCAAUUGAAAAUGAGUACUGACAAUCUAAUGGAUUCCAAGUCUGAUCUUCCUCCACCCUAUGAAGCAGCAACAGACGAUUCUCAACUUGAGACGCCAAGUACUGUGCAGUUUCCCGCUCACCAACCACUUCCACAUCCGACCGUAGACGGAUACACUUACCAACCAGGAUAUCAACCUUUACAGGCACAGUCUGGUUACAUCCCAAAUAUCCAACCAAAUGGAGGAUCUGAAAAGGGAAUGUCCCAAGUGGUUGUUUGCCAGCCUGUACCUGUUCAGGUUGUUGGUGCGAGUCAACAGAAGCCACCAGACUAUCUAUGCCCGUCAAUUCUGGCUUGUUUGUGCUGUUUCUGGCCCACAGGAAUUGCUGCAAUUUAUUUCUCUUGCGUGGCAAGUUCUCUAGCGAGUAAAGGGCACAUGGAAGAUGCGAGGAUAAUGUCAAACCACUCUCGAAAUAUGCUGAUUUCUAGUGUGGUCCUCGGCAUUCUUAUUAUUGCCGGCUAUGUGAUAUACACACAUGUAAUUAGACCACAUUAUGAUGUGAACCUUAGAUAAUAUCUUGAUAAAAAUAAUACUGGAAUACCGAUAUUAUCAAAACUUUGGAACUGCGGAUUGAUCUAUCUAUGUGAAUUCCUUUACGACCAAGAAUGUAUAUGGCAUUCAGUCAAACCAACUUUAAAAUAAAAGUUGUUUUUGUUUUUUUCUGAGAGAGGCUUUUUUACUGUUUUCUUUCUUUUUCAUACGAUGGAAUUAUUUUCCGUUUUAGGUUAUUUCUUUGUUUGUCCUUUUCUUUUUUUCUGUAAUUUGAAAUUCAGUUUUCAAGCGUUUUUUUUCUUUGUAGUUUAUUUGUUUUCGUAUUUUUUCGUCCUUUUUUAUUUUUUGCUUGAAUGUACAAAACUAUAGAGAUCAAAAUAAAAUGACUCCGUAGGCGUCACUAACUUAGUUAUAGUUUGGAAACUUCUGACAAACUCCUUGUUUCUUUCUUUUUUUAUAUAUGAUACAAUUAUUUUGAACAGCCAGCUUCUGAGGCUGUUUUUUAUGUUUUUUUUGCCAUUUUCCUUUUCUAUUUUUCUGUUAUUUGAAUAUCUGUUUUCAAAUUGUUAGUUUUUCUCGGUUGUUUGUUUAUUGGUAAUCGUCUUUUUAAUUACUUUAAUGUACAAACAAUAUAGACUGGUAUCAAAUGAUUUAAUAGGCGUCUAUAACAUCGUUAUUAUCUCUGUAAGUAAAAGAUACAUGUAUAAUUAAUACAUUGAUGUUACACUGACGUACUUCAUUUAUGAUAUAUAUAAGAAAAGUAAAACAAUACUGGAUAAGGCUUGACUUGACAUUUCUUAUGUUAACAAUUGUUACUAAACAUGUUCAUUUCUUGAAUUAAAAUGUGAGUUUUGUA